AUGGCUCAUCCCACGGCCACUGCUUAUCCCAAUGUUGCGGCACACCCUAAUGUGACUCAUUCCGAUGCCACUGAUCAUCCCAAUGUAGUGGCUCAUCCCAACCACACCUACACGGCGCCAAACUUGAAUGCCCAUGAAGCUCCAACGAUGUAUCCUCAACAAGUUAUGCCUCAGCCUGAACCGGCAGAUUACCAAAACAACUACAAUCACAACCCGCAAGAUUAUCGUUCUAAUGAAUACUACUCAGAACCGUAUGAAACUUACAGCACUCCUAAUGAUCAUCAGGACCAACCAAUCGCCCAGGAGCCCUUUGAAAACUACCAUGUACCCGUGGAGGAACACGGGGCAUCGCAUAUCAUUCCUAACGACCAAGACGGUGUUGUUGUUCCCGUUGUUCAGGAGAAUAUUGUAAAUAGCGCUGAUCAUCUUGUACAGCCCCCAUCGGCUCCUGGCAGUCCUGACACGAAGGAGAAAAAGAGAAAAAAGAAGAAGAAGAAGUCAAGGAAAAAUGAGGAACCUCCAAUGAAUGCUUUAGUGCCAACAGGAUUCUUUCCUCCCGGCCCACCUCCUAACUUCAUGCCAGAAGGUCCAGAAGGUAGUUACUUUCCACCAUAUCCAACACCAAUGUUGCAAGAACCCUUACCAGAAACCAAUGAACACGAAAAGAGAAAGAAGAAAUCCAAGCGAAAAGACGCUUCCGUGUCUCCAAUAAGAGAAAACAGGAAUAUGGCUCCACCUCAAUUAGAUCAACCAGGAAAUGGCCAGCUGAUUACAAUGACUAACGACUCUAUCCCCACCAUAGCAGCGCCAAUGGAAGAAGCUGAUCAGCCUCCUUUACCCCCUUCGAAGGACACUCCUCGUCACGAACAACAAAGAGCAAGAACUCCUGAACACUUGCGACCAAGGUCCAAGCAGCAGCUAACAAAAUCACCAAAUCUCAGCGCUGAUGUAGGAUUGUCGCCAACUUUGACUGCUUCUGGUACACAUGUCACACAUCAGCCACAAUACACCUCGAACCUUUCACUCACUGCCGGUAUCCAUGGCCCCUCACCCAAUCAGGGCAUGCCAGGUUCUGAUACAGUGAAGCUGCAAUCAUUGAGUCCACUGGCCAAGACUUCAACAUCAUGGCUCGCGACCAGCAUCGUCAUCGCCUCAACUAAGACUGCAAAUCUCUUUCCAUCAAGAUUCAUCGAGCCGUGGUCCGUCUCCACAACACGCUCCACAGCCUCAACAGCGUCACCCACCUCAUCAACAAUCUUACCAAUCUCAAGAAUAUAA